ACCCGAAAAGGGCUUUUUAACGUCACCUGAUUUGGCGGGAGAUGGGGAGGGGUCGCGCCGCGCCCCGCGCCCACUCUCGGGGCCAUGGCCCUCACAUCACUGUGCAGCUCCCUGGCCCCAGACACACCUCCCGGGGAGCCUGUUUUUAACCUUUCAUUCAUCAGGACUCAAAACUGUGAGACGAGUACGCCAAACUGUGACUCCAGACCUUGGCCCCGCCACACAGAAACCCCUGACCCCAGACUGUGACUUCCAACACCUAAAAUGAUCAUCUGACCCCAGACUGUGCCCCGACCAGACUGUGACCCUUAUGUCAGACUUCGAUGACCCCUCCUUUUAGAUCCUUGUUGUCUCUGACCUAUGACCUAUACUCCACGAAAGCCCUCCCUUCACCUGCCUCCCCCACUACCAACCCAGAUGCCACCGACCACAAGUCCAGCCCUUAUUUAUGACCCUUCAGUGAUGAUCCAGCAGACACUCCACCCCCGGGCCUCCCUUCCCAGGUCUCAGCAGGGUCUGAGGCUGGAUUGAGAGGUGGGUCUGGGAGCCCACACUUGACCCUUCCUUCCCACUCCCACUACUACACUGCAGUGUUUGGAAUAAAACCAUGUUUUUACGCCUCCUCAGUCCAAGCCUGAGCUCUAUGUCUGUCUCUUAGGCCCCUUCAGCUUCUCUGGAGAAAAUGGAACCUGAGAAAAGUCCGUGGGGAAAACAGACAACAGAAACGGCUGCUGGUGUAACAGUGGCAGAGUGUUCUAGCAUUCAUAGCGCCCUGAGUUCCACCCCAAGUCCUAGAAAACAGGAGGUGGGGGAAGGCACCAUAAAAACCCAGGGAGUGGCAAGAGACCGAGGAAAGAGAGGUGGAGAGGGGGCAGGGAAGAGACAUACCCUAAGAGUAGUGGUAAAAAUAAGGGAUGCAAAAAUUAGGGCCAAAUCUGGAGUCCUGUUCCUAAGGCUACUGGCAAGAAUGGUUUGAUUGGUUAUCUUAUGUAAAUGAAGAAAGCGGCCAACCCACGUCUUGAAUACCCUUAAUCUCCCCAGUGAGAACCUAUUUCCAACAUUUCAUUAUUCCAAUUAACCAAAACUCGGGUGCACAUGGGUGGAUAGAGAGCUGACACAGUCGUAGCAGCGGCCUCAAGAGAGACUUUCUGAUUAAGUGCCUGCUGACCAGAGCUGCCAUGGGAAUGCCUGGCUGGGAAAUGGACUGCCCCUAGAGGAUAGAUUCAAUCCACUAACUUAUACAUAAUGUCCAGCCUGUCUACUCGAAAGCAUUUUGAAACAAUUUAAAGCCAUCAUAACAAGGAGAGGAGAAGAAACCGGCCUUAUAGGUCCUCGGGGAACAGAAGCCCAGUCUCUUUGCCAGUAAGUGCUUGUUUGCAUACAUGAAUAAUUAACUAAGUGGAAAGACAUCCCCAGGAAUGAAAGGUGGAAGAUGGAGAGGGGCUCGGAAUUCAAGGACUCCUGUAGAACUACAACUCCCAGAAGGCCUUGCCACUGUUGCACGGAAGAACUCUCCAAGGUCACACAAAAGACAGGAUCGCUGUUAAUUUAUCUUUUGUCACUGAGCCAGACACCGUUAGUUGGGGCGGCCAUCUCUCAGCGCACCACUACUUAUUUCUAGCCCUCAGGUUUCUCAUGUAACAGUGCAGUGGGUCCUAGACUGUGGGAAGCGAAAACCGGAAGUGACGCUCUUACUUCGCGUCCGGGACAAGAAGCUUCGAAGAUGGCGGCGCGCAAGGGUCGGAAGCGCACAUGUGAAACUGGGGAACCCAUGGAGGCUGAAUCCUGCGACCCAGGAUCCGAAAGCCCACCCCAGGUCUACCUGCCUGGCAAGGGGCCGCCACUGGGAGAAGGGGAGGAGCUGGUAAUGGAUGAGGAGGCCUACGUGCUGUACCAUCGUGCGCAAACUGGCGCCCCUUGUCUCAGCUUUGACAUAGUCCGAGAUCACCUGGGCGACAACCGAACAGAGCUCCCUCUCACUCUUUUCCUGUGUGCGGGAACCCAGGCUGAGAGCGCCCAGAGCAAUAGACUGAUGAUGCUUCGAAUGCAUAAUCUCCAUGGGACGAGGCCGCCACCCUCAGAGGGCAGUGAUGAUGAAGAGGAGGAGGAUGAAGAGGAUGAAGAGGAGCGGAAACCUCAACUUGACCUGGCCAUGGUUCCCCACUAUGGUGGCAUCAACCGAGUUAGGGUAUCCUGGCUGGGGGAGGAACCUGUGGCUGGAGUAUGGUCAGAGAAGGGCCAGGUGGAGGUGUUUGCACUGAGGCGGCUCCUACAGGUGGUAGAUGACCCCCAGGCCCUGGCCGUUUUCCUCCGGGAGGAGCAGGCCCGCGUAAAGCCCAUCUUCUCCUUUGCUGGCCACAUGGGUGAGGGCUUUGCUCUUGACUGGUCCCCUCGAGUACCUGGCCGUUUGGUGACUGGUGACUGUCAGAAGAACAUCCACCUCUGGACGCCCACGGACGGUGGCUCCUGGCAUGUGGACCAGAGGCCAUUUUUGGGCCAUACACGCUCAGUGGAAGAUCUGCAGUGGUCACCAACUGAGGACACGGUGUUCGCCUCCUGCUCAGCUGACGCCUCCAUUCGCAUCUGGGACAUCCGAGCAGCCCCAGGCAAGGCCUGCAUGCUCACCACAGCCACUGCCCACGAUGGGGAUGUCAAUGUCAUCCACUGGAGCCACAGGGAACCCUUCUUGCUCAGCGGUGGGGAUGAUGGAGCCCUCAAAGUCUGGGACCUACGACAGUUCAAGUCUGGCUCCCCUGUGGCCACCUUCAAGCAGCACAUGGCCCCUGUGACCUCUGUCGAGUGGCACCCUCAGGACGGUGGGGUCUUUGCAGCCUCGGGUGCUGACAACCAGAUCACACAGUGGGACCUGGCAGUUGAACGGGACCCGGAGGCAGGGGAGGCAGAAGCAGACCCUGGCCUGGCAGCACUCCCCCAGCAGUUGCUGUUCGUGCACCAGGGUGAGACUGAUCUGAAGGAGCUACACUGGCAUCCUCAGUGCCCUGGGGUCCUGAUCAGCACCGCGCUGUCAGGCUUCACUGUCUUCCGCACCAUCAGCGUCUAAGAUGGCCAACAUUUGGCCUCAGGCCUCAGCUCUUCGUGGGAACUGGAUCGAUAGGUCUGUAGACUGCACUCCAGAAAGAAAGACGUGCUCAACUGGCCCAUGUGGAACAGAAGAAAUGGAGUCCACAGACCUGGUGUCUGCAUGUGCAUUGACCCUUGCCUGUCCCGGAUACGGUCUCAGUGUGAGAUUUCUGUCGGUGUUGACUCCUGGCUUGACCCCUAGACCUCUGACCCAGUACCCAGUUCUGGCUGGUGAUCGACUCCAGGAACUUGAAGGAUUUUGCCAUGCUGGGCCGAGUCUGGGUCUGGGUUGCUCCAGUGGAAUUUAGUUCUCUCCUUGCCUUCUGGGCAGCUAGGUCCACCUGAGAUCCAAGAUUGGGACUAUGUUGGUUCCCUCCCUGUGCUGACCACUGUUGUACUGGAGGGGGGUCUGGGGCUUCUGCUGCAGUAAAGGACCCCAAUCCUUUGAGGUGUGGAGCUAUCCCUGCA